AUGAAAACUUCCACUUCUCAAGAUCAAGGAUCAAUACAAAAGAUAUCAUUCUUUUCUGAGAAUACCACAUCUUUUUCACAUGAACAAAAAACUAUUCAAUCGGAAUCGCAUAAUGAAACAGGACUAUUGCAAAAUAUCGAGGAAUCCAAGAAAACUUUACCUGAAACGAAUUCAAAAGACUUAACCGAG